AUGACGACUAUUCAUCCGGACUCCACCGAGGAGUUCGAGUUUAUUCAGACUCCGGCUGCCCUCGAGCAGACCAAGCCUGCCUUCGAUUGCGGUGUGCCAACCACCUUGUACCCAGCUAUCAAGAAUGCUCCCGUUCCUGCCGAUUCGCCCGGUAGCGACAGCUUCUCCAAUGGCUUGAUGAUCUUCUUGGUCCUCGUGGUGCCCUGGUGGCUGGCCCGUCAGGUUGGUGGAGGUUUCUAUACCACCAUCUUCUUCGCUAUCUUCACCACCAUCCCCGUUCUGAUGGCCUUCUGGACCGUUUCUUCCUCCGUUUCUCCCCGCAAGACCGAGAAGGCCAAGUACUGUGGCCGCCCUGUCGAGUACUACCUGAACUUCCACAGCGAGCACGACCGUGCCACUUACCGCGGCAAGAGCAAGAUCCCCAUGGAGGUCUUCUACGAGAAGUACUUCAAUGGUGAGGUUGACUUUAAGGGUGAUGCCCUUGAGUGUCUCGAGUACCGUCACGACUGGGCCAACUUCAAGUUCACCACCGGCCUCUUCAAGCACUUCCUGUUUGGCUUCAUUCCCGAGAUGCUUAUGCACACUCGUUCUCAGGACGAGGAGCAGGUCCGUGACCACUACGACCGAGGCGAUGACUUCUACGCUUGGUUCCUCGGUCCUCGCAUGAUCUACACCUCCGGUGUUAUCAGCGAUAUCAACAAGGAGGAGACUCUUGAGGAGCUCCAGGAUAACAAGCUGGCUAUUGUCUGUGAGAAGAUUGGCGUCAAGCCCGGUGACAAGGUCCUCGAUCUCGGCUGUGGCUGGGGAACCCUCGCCAAGUACGCUUCCGUCCACUACGGUGCUCACGUUACUGGUAUCACUCUUGGUCGUAACCAAACUGCUUGGGGUAACAACGGUCUCCGCAAGGCCGGUAUUGAGGAGGACCAGAGUCGCAUUCUGUGCAACGACUACCGUGAUGCUCCCCGUGUUGAGGGUGGAUACCAACAGAUCACCUGUCUCGAGAUGGCCGAGCACGUCGGUGUCCGCCACUUCUCUUCUUUCUUGUCUCAGGUCUACGAUAUGCUCGAUGACAACGGUACUUUCUUCCUCCAGAUCGCCGGUCUCCGCAAGUCUUGGCAGUACGAGGACCUCAUCUGGGGUCUCUUCAUGAACAAGUACGUCUUCCCGGGUGCCGACGCUUCUACUCCUCUCGGUUUUGUUGUGGACCGUCUCGAGGGUGCCGGCUUUGAGAUCAAGGCCGUCGACACCAUUGGUGUGCACUACUCCGCCACCCUCUGGCGCUGGUACCGGAACUGGAUGGGCAACCAGGACAAGGUUGAGGCCAAGUACGGCAAGCGCUGGUUCCGCAUCUGGGAGUACUUCCUUGCUUCCUCCACCAUCACCUCCCGCCAGGGUGGUGCCACCUGCUGGCAGCUCACCCUUGUCAAGAACAUCAACUCCACCCACCGUGUUGAUGGAAUUGCCACCCAGUUCGGUCUCACUGGCGCUCGCCAGACUGCCAUUGACCGCGCUGGUACCCUCCCCAAGGCCCACGUCAUCAAGAAGGACCUGUAA